AUGAGUGUGCCCAACCAUUUCUGGCUUCUCAUCGAGGACAACAACACAACCGCUGCGGUCGUGCGCAAAGCCCUCGAGGACAAGCCCAUCAAGUACGCGUAUAUUGCGCAUCCCAACGACGGACUGCCGUGUAAGCCUUGUUGUUAGACAAUCAAGUUUUUUACGUGUUUAGGCAAUGGUUGGUCGCAAUACAACCGCGCCUUCGACUACAUCCGACAAAACAGAGACCGCUUUGACCCGAAUGCCGUAGUGUAUUUGGGCAACGACAAUGACGCAUAUGGGCUUGACCUCUUCGAGCAGUACGUUCGGCCGGUGAAGAGAAUCGGUGUGUGGCCUGUGGGUGAGCAAUUCGACUCUCUUUUUCUUCUUUUAUUGAAUGAAUCUGGAGGGCGGGCGCACACUUGCGGGCAACCACUUUGCGGGCAACCAGUUUGCGGGCAAAUUUUUUGCGGGCAGCCACUUUGCGGGCAGCCGACAUUUGCGGCCAGCACCGGCAUUUGCGGGCAGCCUCGAACAUUUGCGGGCAGGGUCGACAGUUGCGGGCAGCCUGGAAGAUUUGCGGGCAGCCGACAUUUGCGGGCAACCGAGACCUGAUUGUGAGGGUAACAGGGUGGACGUGGAAAAAUUACUAUGAUAUUUUGGAAAUUUGCCGACAUUUGCGGGCAGCCGACAUUUGCGGGCAACCGGCACUUGAUGAUAACAAGGUAGAGGUGAAAAAAUUUCUUCGAUAUUUUGGAAGUUUUCCGACAUUUGCGGGCAGGCAAUACUUGCGGGAAGCCGACAUUUGCGGGCAACGGUUCCAAAAGUUCCUAUACAGCAUGUGUGAUUGUUUUUUCCUGUUGCCCGCAAAUGUCGGCUGCCCGCAAGUGUCGGCUGCCCGCAAAUGUCGGCAAAUUUCCAAAAUAUCGCAGUAAUAUUUCCACCUCCACCCUGUUACCCUCAGGUGCCGGUUGCCCGCAAAUGUCGGCUGCCCGCAAGUGUCGGUUGCCCGCAAGUGUCCCAGGCUGCCCGCAAGUGUCUCAGCUGCCCGCAAAUGUUUCAGCUGCCCGCAAAUGUGACCCCCAAAUUUUGCCCGCAAAGUGGUUGCCCGCAAAAAAUUUGCCCGCAAACUGGUUGCCCGCAAAGUGGUUGCCCGCAAGUGUCGCGACGCCAUCUGGAGGAUUAAUGAAAAGAUAUUCUUUUUUUAGGGAUAACCAAUUAUCUCCUGCAAUUACCCAGAGUUAGCAACGGAAAUGUGGUGGGAUUUGCGAAGACGUUGAAGGCUGCCAACCAUCUUGGCGUCUAUUUUGGGGGAUUCGCUUUCCACAUCAGCUAUUUGCUGUAUAACAAGUAAGUCGUGGGUGCAUAUAUUGCUGAUGACAGCAUUAUAUCUGAUGAUAUAUGCAAGAUACUUUGACGGGGACCUUGAAAAAUGAUUCAGAUUGGGUUUUUGAAUAAAGAAAGGGUCAAAAUGUAGAGGCUUAUUUUCUAGGCCGUCCGUAAACCCUCUGAGACAAUUUCUCGGCUUUUCAAGAUUUCACUAUGCAAAAAAAAGUCAUGGUUUGAGUGACAACCCAAAGAAGCCUAUUCCACGGUGUAAAAAGCGAGAAUUGCACAGUGCACAGCGGACUUCUGUUUUCUCACAGCGUAUGUCGCCGAAAUCACUCCGGCGACUUUGCGAGCCGACUAUGUACAGUGCGGGACCUGAUCCAGUGGCAAAAAACGUACCAUUUUGCAUCCGGGAAGGAUCAAAAAUGUCGCAAAAUGCUUCCUUCUCCAUAUGAAAAAUACUUCGUUUUGAAGGGCGCGCCUUUUCCCUCACAAAAAGAGCGGGCGCGCUUUUAAAAUCGGAGUUUCUUUCACUUGUAGAAGGAAGCAUUUUGCCACAUUUUUGAUACUUCCCGGAUGCAAAAUGGUACGUUUUUUGCCACUGGAUCAGGCCUCCCACUGUAAAUAUUGUCAAAGCGCGGCCCCAAGGUUCCACUGAACGAGGAAAUGUGCCGUUUAUGAAGACCCAGGCUUUAUGUCCCCGGAUUGCACCUAAUCUUCAAUUUUGAGUUCCUUAAGCCGUAACAUUUACGUUAAUGAAUCACUUUCUGAAUGAAAUUUGCUAAAAAUAGUAUGGAUAAGGGGAAUCCCAAAUUUAGGAAAUUAAAGAGCAAGUAUAAUAUAGCGUUGUGAUGUUGUGAGCUUAGAAAUCUUAUUUUUUCUUGGAAGAAAUGAGAUGAUAUUAGUCUGUCGGGAAAAUAAUGAACGCAAGCAACGGCGACGUUCAAAAACCAGCCCGAACUUUCGAUCGAUUUUUCUCAUCGGCCGGGCUUACUCCGCAGCUGAAAAAUGGUUCUUUUUACUAAAAUUGGCCUGCUCUGUCCACCUGAACUAGUCAUUUUCCCCAACGCUGGGAGAAUUUCAGACCAUUCCUCUUUACGCCAAAAAGCUUUGAGGACCUUCCACAUCCGCUAUCACAAAGAAUAGGUCAUCUAAAACACCCCCACUUUCAGUGUAAAGCUCACAACGGACUGCGCGGGCCUCUAUGGGGAAGAAUGCUUACUAAAGCAGCUAAAAAUCUCAAUGGAGGAUUACGAACCGUACGGCAUAAGCGCCACCAAGCAAAACGUCCAAAUGUGGAGAAGAACAACGCCGACCAUGUUCAACCGAAACUUUCCCAAAUUCGGAUACCUCACCGACACCGUACCGGCGUACGAACCGAUUCGACAUGAGAUGUGCGAAAGGUUCCGGAGCAUCUACAAGAUGACCAAAAGCGAAGCCAAGGAGGCAGCAGCAAUGAUAAACCAAACCUGGGACCCGGCGGUGCGAAUCCCGCCGCCUGAGCCGGUUUGGGAUAUUUAUUAUAUCUCGGGGAUGCGUUGA